AUGUCUUCCCCAAGAUCCCGUGCUCAGUCUUCUUCAACUCCAGUUCCUCCCGAUUACAUCAUUGGGACCGGGAUUGACGCCCACGCGAUAGAAGUCAGGAGCAAGCUUCAUCCCUUUGCCCAAAAGAAUUUGGACGAGAAUGUCCUUCAUUUGUUCGAGAACACCCUGGUGUUAGGGCCUCACUGGUUUGGUCCUGUUCCAGCUGAGAUGGCAGAAUUGCUGAAAAAGGAUGCCGAGGCUCCUUUGUGUUUUGAGAGUACUUCUGCCCUGGCUUCUUAUUCUUGGGUCAGCAAGAAUUUGAGCCGGUCCUUCCCGUCCAACGAGGUGAGGAACAGUCCGGUCAAAUGGGCAAACUGGAUUGACAGACUUCUCCCGAGAUAUGGGGGUCACUGGAGGAGAGCCGGGAUUUAUGACGCUAUUCUCCUGUCCAAGCAGUCGAUUAACAAAGAUGAGAACCUACUUGCCGCUGCUUUGUGCUUCUGGAAUUCUGCCAGCAACACAUUUGAUUUCUGUGUGGGUCCAAUGGCGCCAACCCUGCUGGAUAUGGCCCAGAUUUUUGGGUUCAGGCCCCAUGGUAGGCCUGUUGAUGCCAUUGGAGAUUAUCAUAGGCGAAGAAAUCAAGAGAAAGUGGCCACUCCUUUCACUAUCUCUUCUUCCAUGAUCAACCAGAACUGCUCUUUCUCCAAUUAUCUGAAGAAAUUCAGUGCUGAGAAGGACAAGGAUCAACAACACAUGUUGUUCCUUCUGUAUUGGCUGAACCGGUUCAUUCUCCCCAAUCGGUCUUCUGCAGUUCUGCUAGAGUACAGACAUUUGGCAGAAGCACUUCACAAUCACACUGAUGUGGGGCUUGGGUCUACAGUUCUGGCUCACCUUUUCAAGAAUCUGCACACUGCCACCCUGGAGAAUCCACUGAACCUGUCAGCCCCUGGCGCAUUCUGGAUGAUCCAGAUCUGGCUGCAGGUCUAUUUUCCAGAGCUAAGGUUCCCAGACAUAGUUCUGCCUGAAGACCAAGUCCUGGCUCUUUCUCUGAUAUCGGCAGAAGUGCCCAAGCGUUCUAUUGAGGAGUACUUGAUGCUCUUCAGGCAUUGUACAAAAAGGUCGGCAGCUCAGUGGCAAGUGGUGAUCAAAAGGACCUAUCCUUGGUUCCAGACCGGAUUUCGGUUGUUCGAGAAGGAGCCAGAAGAUGAGGCUGCCAGAACAGACUUCAGGAGGAAAUUUCUGAGCAUUACUCUGCCCAGAGAUUUACCCCACGGUGGGGGCAAACCUCCAAACUAUCAUCUGGGGGCAGAAGUCUACCAUCCCAACUUUUGUGCAAGGCAGCUUGGUUGUCCUCAGCUCAUUCCGCUGAAAUCAUGUCGGAGUUGUAACCGGGCCUCUUCUUGGAGGGAUGCAGAUGAUUUGGAGGUGCACAAGGAUGCCCGGUGUGCAGUGAACAAAACCAACAACAGCACGGAUGCCCUCUAUCCCUCAUGGGAGAUGAAUUCCUGCAGUUCUGCUGAUUUUGACGCAUGGUGGAAAGCCAAAUUCCAGGGUCUGCCUGCUUCUGUCACUGCCCUCAAGGUGCUGUUUGAUGGUUGGGAGAACUAG